AUGAUGCAUUGUAUGAGGCUGUUACCUCUUAAAAAGAUACCAUUGUUGUUGACAUCAAAAUCUAUCACAGAAUGUAAGUUUGCUAAUAAAAGUGGCAUAGGGUUUUUAAUAAAACCACAAUUUUGUCAAUUUUAUAAAAAUGCACAUAUAAAAGAUAGAUCUGAGAAUGUAAUUAAACUACCAAGUAAAAGUGGAAUAUUUAAAAGAUGGUCAUUAAAAUUAUCACAUAGAUUUGAGCUUUACAAAAAGAAAUAUCAAUUAAGUGCAUUGGGAUAUAUAUUAUAUGAUGAUAUUCCUGAUAGACUUAAUUAUUCAAUAUUUUUUAAAGGUUUUAAUAUGCCAGAUACAUUUUAUUCCUGGUUCCUAAUCACAGAAUUACAUGUUUGGAUGCUAAUGGUACGCUUUAUGGCUGAAGGUGAAAAAGGUAAACUAGUUAUAACAAAUAUUAUUGAGGCUAUGUGGCACGAUGUUACUAUAAGAAUGGAUUUACUUGGUCCAAUUGCUGGAAAAGUAAAAAGGGAACAAGUAAUGAAAUUAUCAUAUCAAUUUAAUGCUGCUAUAAUUGGUUAUGACGAAGGGAUUAUGUCAGAUGACAAAGUAUUAGCUAGUGCAUUGUGGAGAAGAUUUUUUGUCUCUGAAUGUAAUAAUCCUGAACAUUUAGAGAAACUUCUAAUUUAUGUUAGGAAACAGAUUAGUGCAUUUGAUAAAAUUCCAUCAGAAAAACUCUUUCAUAGAUCAAUAGCAAAAUGGGUAGAUCUGUAA